AGUGGACAUAGCGGGUGAAACCUGGAAGCUAUCGUUGUCAGAUGCCAAGGUUCACGAUUCGGGAAUAUACUGCUGUCACGUUUCCACACACCCGCCCAUGCUGAAGAGGUUUAAACUUAUCGUCCAUUCACCUGAAAUAAGAAUGAGCAAGGAGGCUUUCCUUGAGAGCGGGGAGACGUUGUCACUUAAGUGCGCGGUUUUGAACCUGCACCCUGGCCAAGUGGAACCUGAGAUGAGGUGGUAUAAAGGAAACACCACCACUCCGUUGGAAGAUGUUAGAGGAGGCGUGCUGGUUGAAACUGACCAGUUGACGCUGACAAGCCAUUUGCAGGUGGCCCGACUGAAGGUGGAGGACGCGGGGAAUUACACGUGCGCGCUGGAAGCCCCGCUUCAGAUGAGGGCCGUCGCGAGAGUGCACGUCUUACAAGGUUCAAGCUUGGCCGAACUCCAGAGUGGUGUCAAAACCACCACUAGCUACUGCAGUCUGCUCCUCGCAUCCAUGGUGUUAUUGUUCAGCAUCCACUGUGACGUAAGGUGACCUAUCUAGGAGACAGACAUGGACAGAUGGGAUCAAAGCAAUAUAGGGUGUUUCAAGCAGUGACGGUUUUUUCUUUCGGAAAAAAGAUUUAAU